GUGUGCGAUGCUUUGGAUGAUCUACUCAGUUUCAUGCUUCUUUUUCAAUGUCCAGUUGACCAUAUGUGAAUACGAAGGAAACGUUCGACUUGUCAAGGGAGAACGCCCAUACGAAGGCAGGGUUGAAAUCUACUACAAAGGUAAAUGGGGAACCGUGUGUGAUGACUCCUGGGAUAUCAAUGAUGCCAAUGUGGUGUGCAAGCAACUGGGUUACACUGGGGCUCGUCGUGCUACUACUAACGCAUAUUACGGGCAAGGCAACGGAAGCAUAUGGAUGGACAACGUGGAUUGCAAUUCGUUCGACUCACGUCUAGAGGACUGCAGCUUUCCAGGUUGGGGCUAUCACAACUGCCACCACUCUGAAGAUGCGGGUGUGAUCUGCGAAUCUUCAAGUGAUUACCCAACAACAGCAAACACAACAUCCAUUCCAUUCACACCUAGUGCGAGCAUUGACGUCUCUGUUUCAACAGCGCCAUUUGCUUGUGACGGAACUGUGAGACUUGCUGAUGGGGACACUCCAGAUAGAGGUCGAGUGGAAAUCUACCACAAUGGAGAAUGGGGAACAGUAUGUAACGACUACUGGACUUCAACGAACGGACGAGUUGUUUGUAAGCAACUAGGAUACAAAGACUACGUCGGUCCCCUAGAAAUGACUGGGGCAGGUCGUGGGAGAAUAUGGAUGGACGAUGUCGAUUGCAGUUCAAGCGACUUGAGGUUGCAGGAUUGCUGGUUCCGUGGUUGGGGAAUUCACAAUUGCGUUCAUAGAGAAGAUAUAGGCGUAAUCUGUCGAUGUACAUUGGAAGAUGAUGUUCGACUUGUCAAUGGCCAAUAUCCACACCAAGGAAGGGUGGAAAUUAUUCACAAUGGAGAGUGGGGAACCGUGUGCGAUGACUAUUGGGAUCUUACUGAUGCGAAUGUGGUGUGUAAACAACUGGGUUACACUGGCGCUAGUCGUGCUACUAGUAUGGCAUCUUACGGGCAAGGCAACGGAACAAUAUGGAUGGACAACGUGGAUUGCUAUUCGUGGAAUUUACGUUUAGGGGACUGCAGGUUUGCAGGCUGGGGCAUUCACAACUGCGAGCAUUCUGAAGAUGCGGGAGUCAUCUGCGAAUCUCCUAAUAAUUUCCCAACGACAUCUGGUCCGACUACAACCAGUGGAAGCACUGAUUUCUGCUAUGCAACAGACGGAACUGUGAGGCUUACUCAAGGAGCUACUCCGGAUAGGGGCCGAGUGGAAAUCUGUCACAAUGGAGAAUGGGGAACCGUAUGUGAUGACGGUUGGUCUUCAACGAACGGACGAGUGGUCUGCAAGCAACUAGGAUACCGAGACUACGUCGGUAGGCUACCUACGAGGAGUGUAGGUAAUGGGCCAAUAUGGAUGGACGAUGUCGUUUGCGCUGCGAGCGACUCGAGGCUGCAGGAUUGCUCAUUUCGUGGCUGGGGGAGACAUGACUGUGCUCAUAUAGAAGACGUUGGCAUAAUGUGUAACACGACAUGUCCAAUGCUUUCUACAACAACAGACUCUCCGGCACAUGCAUCAACUCUUCAUUCUACUGCUAGUAGUGCUAAAGCAACAGAAACGCCUUCUGUCAACGGAUCGUUGUGGAGGCAUACAACAGUAACAUCUGCCGCUAACGUUUGGCAAUCACCUCAACAGAUUCGAUUGAUUGGUGGCAGGAAUGACAAAGAGGGACGCGUUCUGCUCUUCUACAAUGGUAGGUUGAGUACCGUUUGUGCAAGAGGAUGGAAUUUGCAAGAAGCUAACGUGGCUUGCCGCCAACUCGGUUACAAUCACGCCACACAAUUCUACUACACCAACACGCCAAUGUCCCAUCCAAUUUCACUGACCACCGUCAACUGCAAUGGACUCGAAGACUCACUCUUUCACUGCAAUCACCAAUACGUAGCGAGAGAGAGUCUCCUUUGCAACUACAGCUACGAUGCGGCUGUCGUUUGCGAUGAUGUUAAAUCAGCUACUUCAAUAAUUGUCGGAGUUACAGUUUCAGCUGCAUUGAUAUUUAUUACUAUUGUGGUUAUUGUUAUCCGUGUGAGACGCAGACGAACGAGGGCGACGACCCUACCUGUUCAAUUAGUAUACGCUGGACUACAAGAUGACUCGGUGAUUAUUGUGUCGUCCGAUUCUCUGACGUCUCCACGGUUCUACUUCAAUCCUUUAGUAUCAGAAGCUCCGCCUUCGUACGAGACGGCGAAUUCUUAACGUCCCGGAUGUGAAACAUUGAGCUCAAGUGUCAUCAGUAUUGAAGAUUAUUUUGAUUAAGAAGGGUGUGAAGUGUUUUGAGGUUGAACGCUAGGUAGGCCAGUAGUGAACGGUUACUUAAUUUUUGUUGGACUUUAUGCAGUAAUGGCUUUUGUUAAACUUUUUAAUUAAUAUUAAUUAAGCUGUUGCUAUAUAGUAAACUCUUUAUAUCUGGCAUAGUUAUUUCAAUUACUUAUAUUAAAUUUCUGGGCUGGCUGUUACUGAGAGAGAAAUACACAUGGACUAUCACUGA